UCUCGCCCGCUUGCACGCACUCUAUGAUUCCGCCGGAAGGGCGACUCCUCUUCUGGGUUCAUAGUUAGGGGAUUCGCGGGUCUCGGUGAAGGGAAGCGUUUUCAGGAAAGCAGUUUAAAAGUUAUGGCUGAAACCCCUAGUCCGGAAGCCAUAGAUGGAAUCUCAAAACCUGGUCCAAGAUCUAUAGAUGGGAGCCCAUGCUUCAGUUUUGGAGUUAUAUCAGAUAUUCAGUAUGCUGAUUUAGAAGAUGGCUAUAAUUUCUAUAAAACCAGAACGAGAUACUACCGAUACAGUCUUCAUCAUCUUCAGGAAGCUAUUGAAGAGUGGAAUGCAGAAAGCAAUCAGUUCUUUUUUGUGGUACAACUUGGUGAUAUCAUUGAUGGGUAUAAUGCACAGCAUAAUAUGUCAGAAGAGUCACUAAAAACUGUUCUAGAGGAAUUUAAAAAACUCAAAACCCCUGUUCAUCAUACAUGGGGAAACCAUGAAUUCUAUAACUUCAGCAGGGACUAUUUAAGAAACUCUAAGCUUAACACAAAGUUUUUAAGAGACCAUAUUUCACAUUGUCCUGAGACCACACCUUCAGAAAACUAUUAUGCUUACCACUUUGUACCUUUCCCUAAAUUUCGUUUCAUUUUACUUGAUUCUUAUGACCUAAGUGUCCUUGGAGUGGAUCAGUCUUCUCCAAAAUAUCAAGAGUGUAUGAAGAUGCUGAAGGAGAAGAAUCCAAAUGAGGAACUGAAUAGCCCUCAAGGACUUUCCGAACCUCAGUUUGUCCAGUAUAAUGGAGGAUUCAGUCAGCAGCAAUUGGACUGGUUCAAUGCAGUUCUUACUUUCUCUGACAAAAACCAAGAAAAGGUAGUGGUUGUGGGUCAUAUUCCUAUUCAUCCAGACUCCUCUGACAAUGUGUGCCUUGCUUGGAAUUACAAAGAUGCUCUCUCCAUCAUUUGGUGUCAUGAAUGUGUGGUGUGUUUCCUUGCUGGUCACACUCAUGAUGGUGGGUACUGCAAAGAUAUUCAUGGUGUGCACCAUAUCACACUGCAAGGAGUUAUUGAAACAGCACCAGACAGCCAGGCUUUUGGUACAGUGGAUGUUUACCCUGAUAAAAUGGUGUUAAAAGGAAGAGGCAGAGUUCCAGAUAGGGUCAUGUAUUACAAGAAUGAAAAGGAGAGAAAUUCUGUUCUUUGAACGCCUUUUCUUUUUUUGUUGAUUUCAAGAAAUUUCGUUUUGUUAAUAAAUAACUCAGUACCCAUUUGGCAUGUUUAAUACAUGUAAUAAACUAUGUAUUUUUCACAUUAGUGUGUUUAUUAUAUAUUUUAGAAGUUCUGUUUUGAAUAAAAAUGUAUAUUUGUUUUGUGAUUAGAAUAGUAACUAUUAUCUUCCUAUUACCCCUCAUGGAGCUAACAACAAUAAUAAUCAAACAUUUACAUAGGACUUAAAGGUUUGCAAAGUGCUUUAUAAAUGUUCUAUCUUAUUUUAUCCUCAUCACAACCCUAG